GACUCGUUGUGGUUGGGGUCUGAUUUGUUUGGCAUUGAAAUUUCAGUUUGCUCAGUGAAGCCGACCAAGUAAGACCACAUUUGCCGUAAGAUAUCAACAGUUUGUGAGAUUCGGAUUAAACAAAGUAAAUUGUUUUUAUUAUUUUUUUCUGCCAAGAAUCAGUCGUUACUAAAAAGGGCAAACAAAAUGAAUGACGAACUAUUCACCAAGGGAUGGGUGCCCAAGCUUUUAUUGAUUGUAAUCUUUUUACUAAUGUCAUGCCGUCUGUCAUUACAAGCGAAAUCAAUAAGUGAUUUUCAACAGCUGGAAGCUAACAUUGUUAAUAAGUCAUUGGCUCAACUGUCAGCUGGCGAUAUGGAUCCAAUAACCAAAUUGCGUGCCUUGUGUUUGUCUCGCGGUGCCACCGGUAUCAAUGGAUUGGGCAGAAUAUUCCGCAAUAUGGAUGAUGAUGGCAGUAAAGCUUUAAACGAGUACGAAUUUACCAAAGGCAUCAAGGAAUGCGGUUUAGAUGUGAGUAAUGAGGAGAUUAAGGAGAUGUUCCGCAGCUUUGAUGAGGAUGGCAGCGGCUCCAUUAACAUGACUGAAUUUUUGCUCAAGCUAAGGCCUCCCAUGUCCCAAGCCCGUUUGGCAAUGAUUGAUAAAGCCUUCAGUAAAAUGGAUAAAACCGGUGAUGGUGUCAUUACCUUGGAAGAUUUGAAAAAUGUGUACACAGCCCGCGAACAUCCCAAAUUCAAGAGUGGUGAAAAGACUGAAGAUGAAAUUUUAACCGAUUUCCUGCACAACUUCGAGGGCGGUCGUGGUAAUUUGGAUGGAAAAGUGACAAAAGAAGAAUUUAUCAACUAUUAUGCCACCAUCAGUGCCUCCAUAGAUAAUGAUGAAUAUUUCGAGUUUAUGAUGAAGAAAGCCUAUGCCCUGGAAUAAAUCUCUACAACUAAAUGUUUUUUAUUAUCCUAUGUAAUUUUUGUGUUUUUAAAUGUUCCCUUUAGCUAACAGAAUUCGUGUGUUAAAACUAAUAUGAACAAAGUAUUAUUUGCAAUGAUAAUUAUUAAUAACUAAAAUAAAAUUAUAAAUGCACCAAGUCUAUAAAGCA